ACUGUAUACGUUGUCAUGCCCCCUGGUCUUCUUCCUCCCACGCGCCUUCCCUCGGUCCCCCGGUCUUCUUCCCCUUCGCGGGACGAGCACCUCCUCCAUCUCCAUCCCAUCCGGGCCUCUCCGCCGCGCCGCGAAUUGAAGCUAGAAUGGACUAGAACUCGAUCUGACACCGCGUCCAAACUUGCACUUGUUAUUUUGAAGUGAACCAUGGCGAAGAUCAAGCCAAAGGCAUUGCUGGCGCAAAGCAAGCAGAAGAAGGCCCCUACACAAAUCGGGCUGACCAAGAUAAUCACCUACGUCGUCCUUGGCGCCCUUGUUGUCUCUUCCGUUUAUUAUGCUUACCAAUACUGGCAGAGCAAAGGACCGUCAGGAGCAGAAACUGUUGUAGGGAACUAGUCCAAAGUUUGUAAUUGAUUUUGUUGGUGCUGCUGUUGUUGUUGAAUCAUGGUAUGGGCUAAUUUUGGUCGUCACAAUCCAGUAAAUGGGACAUAUAGACAGGUCAUGUCAUGUUUAGUUGUAUCCCCUGGUACAUUACCUCAACAUCUAUGCUAUACUUAUUUGAAAUGGAUGUACUUUUUUCUGGGGCGAUCUUUGCAUGAAUGGAAAUGAUGGAAGUUCUUGCUGUU